AUGUUGAAGAGUGGUGAACCGUCGACGUCCAAGUCUGCCGUGGUCUUGCGGCGGCGAAAGGAGACCUUCAUAGAGCGGUCUACGGCAGAGGACCGAGCUAAGUUGCGCAAAAAGAAGGUUCUCAAGCCGGAGUUGCCCAAGACGGCGAACGCGGUGGCAAUGGACGCGCUACAGAGGAUAAGGUCCAAACGACGGUUCAGUCAAGCUGCCAAACACAAGCGGUUGCCGAAACCUCUCAAGGGUAGCGGAUGUGUUAUGGUCAUCCGAAGCUCAGAUAAGUUGUUGCCAUGUAAAGCUGUACGCAAGGAACUAAAUCGCUUACGGAUAUCAAAACCGUUCAAGGCCACCGUGCUACCAAACACUCGCGAUAACAUCAAUAUGCUGAAGCAACUUGGCACUUUCGUCAUCUACGGCGCCAUCUCUGUGGAGACUCUUCGAAAAUUACUGAGCACACGCGCCUCCCUCAAAAUCAAUAAGGUGAAAGAAUCCAAGACUGAAGACGGCGAACCAACCACCGGUCAGGACAACAACGCUAGCGAUGAUACGGCCAUAGUACCACUAUCAACCAAUAUACUUGUGGAAGAGAACUUUGAGGAACAGGGCUUCCUCUGUAUUGAAGAUCUUGUCACGGAGUACGUUAACAACGGACCCCAUGCUCUGGACGUAACCAAUCGACUCGAACCGUUCCAGCUGGAUAGACUUGCCAAACCGGACCAUAAACUUAUCACUCUGACAUACGGCGAAUGCGUCGACCUGGAUCAGAGAGUGACCAACAUUCUUUAG